AAGUAAUCUUAAGCUACAUGUUCAUGUUCUUAUGAUCCAAAAAGAAUCUUAGUACUACAUGUUUUUGAAGAGUUCGAAACAUCGAUGAAGAACACUAUGUUGUGAAAAUGCUACAAUUGAAACAUGUUAUAUCCAAAGUCAAACUCAAAACCCUUUUUCCUUACACAAGCAUUUUCACAAACACUUGGAACGCAUCUUCAUAUUCAUCAUCUUCUUCAUCUCUUUCUCCAUUACCCAAAUCUUCAUUCCCCAUUACCCAAAACGACGUCGCUUCCACCUUCAAAACCUGGUUCCAAAACCAUCACCUUUACCACGAUCCUCUCCUUCUCCGAAUCUACCAAAUCCUCUCUUCCAACGACAAUUUCUCCGCUUCUCUCACCUCCCUCAACCUCCCCAUCACCACAUCCUUCGUCCUCCGUGUCCUUCAUUACGGCGCCGACAACAACUACAUUCUUCCAUGUCUCAGAUUCUUCGAUUGGGUUGGUCAUCAGCCUGGUUUUUACCAUACACAAGCUACAUUCACUGCGAUUUUUCGUAUCCUUGCACGUGCGAAGCUAAUGCCGAUCGUUAUUGAGUUUCUUGAAACGUUUGGGAAGCGUGUUUUUGAUCAUAAAGUUUGUUUUAUUGAUUUGCUUGUUGUUGGUUAUGCAAUUGCUGGUAAACCUGAAAUUGCACUCAAUGUGUUUGGUAAAAUGCGUUUUCAAGGUCUUGAUUUGGAUAUAGUUGGUUAUCAUAUUUUACUUGGUGCUCUUGCUAAGGAUAAUUAUUUUAAUUCUUUUGAUGUGAUUCUUAAUCAGAUUCGGAGUAAAGGGUAUGCAACACGUGCUACUGAUACUAUUGUUGUUAAGUUUCUGUGUAACCAGGGUAGAUUGGAUGAGGCGGAAAAUUAUCUUAUCGGUUUGUUGGAUAGUGGGAAAAAGUUGCAUGGUUCUGAGGUAGGUUUUCUUGUUGUUUCGUUGUGUGAGAGGAAAAAGGUUGAGCAUGCUGUUGAGUUGGUUAAGGAGUUUAGGAACUCGGGGUUGAAUCUGUUUGAACAUGCUUAUGGUGAUUGUAUAAAGGGUCUUGUGAAGGGUGGUAGGUUUGAUGAGGCUUUGGAGUUUUUUAGGCAGAAGAGAGAAUCUGAAGGGUAUGUUCCUCGUUGGUAUAGGUAUAACAUGUUGAUUUGUAGGCUUUUGAGGGAGAGUAGGCUUCAGGAGGUAUAUGAUUUGUUGAUGGAUAUGAAGGAGUCUUGUAUUCCACCUGAUAUGGUUACUAUGAGUGUUGUCUUGUGCUUCCUUUGCAAAGCUGGGAUGGUGAAUGCCGCGCUCCAAUUGUACGAAUCCAGGUCUCAGUUUGGACUGAAUCCGAAUAACUUGGCUUACAAGUAUUUGAUACUUAAUCUGUGUUGGGAUGGGAGUGUUAAGGAGGCGUACAGUGUUUUGAAAACUUUUAUCGGAAAUGGUCUUUUUCCUGAUACACAAACCUUUACCACACUUGCCAAUGCUUUGUGCAGAGAGUGCAAGGUUGAUGAGAUGAAGGAGCUGAUGCAUCUUGCCUGGGAGCGAAACUUUACACCAAGCCAUAUCACAUAUGACAAGUUUAUAUCGGCUUUGUGCCAAGCUGGAAGACUAGAAGAUAGUUAUUUGGUGCACGGGGAUCACAACAAUGCAACUGCUAGACUGUCCUAUGGUAGGAUGGUUAAGAGUUUUAUUAAGUUUAAGAGGGGAGACAUUGCUGCUCGCCUUCUGGUUAAAAUGAAAGAGAAGAAUUUUGAAUUGACGCGGAUCUGGUGCACGGCUGUUAUUGGAAGUUUACUUGAUAUGGAAAAUCCAAAAUCACGUGUUUUCAAUUUAUUGGACAUGCUGACUCAUGGUAAACCUGAUGCUAAGAUUUUCAACUUUUUCAUUGAUGGAGCUGUGCAUGCCAAUAAUACAGAGUUGUCCAGGGAAGUAUAUGAGUUGAUGCUAAGGAAUAACAUUGUGCCCAGUAGUUCAUCUCAACGUCUUGUGUUGAUUGGUUAUUUGAAAAGUGGAAAGAUAUCUGAUGCUUUGAAUUUCUUUCACAGUCUUCGGCGCCAGGGCACAGUGAGCAAAAAAGUAUAUCAAUCCAUUAUUUUUGCUCUCUGCAAAUCCUGUAAGGCUGACAUUGCACAUGAUUUCUUGUUUCAAAUGUUUAAAGCUGGAUUAAAUCCAAGCAUUGAAUGCUUUGAGAUUCUUGUGCAGACGCUUUGCUCAUUGGAAAGAUACCAUGAAGCGAUAAAUCUUGUUCAUGUGUAUAUAAAAAUGGGACGUCGAUUAACUAAUUUUCUUGGCAACAUACUUCUUUCUCAUUCAUUGAUAUCGCCGGAUAUCUAUCAUGCAUGUGUUCGUUUAAGAGGAGCCAAAGAGGAAGAAUGUUCUCCUAUGUCUACACUGAGCUUUAUCAUUGGUGCAUUUUCUCGUUGUCUUAGAGUAAAUCCUUCUGUUGAGGAAUUGGAGAAACUAAUAUCAACGUGCUUUCCGCUUGACUUUUACACCUACAAUCAGCUGCUGAGAAGAGUAACCCAAUAUGAUAUGAACCAAGCUUGUGAGUUGUUUAAUAGGAUACGUCAAAGGGGUUAUGAGCCUAAUGAUUGGACUUAUAAUAUCAUGGUAAGUGGUUUCUCAAAUCAUGGGAGAAAUGAUGAGGCUAAGCAGUGGGUUGAAGAAAUGCACCAAAAAGGAUUUUAUCCAAGAGAGAAUACUAAAAGAAAUGUACAAAAAGGAAUUUUAUCCAACAGAGAAUACUAGCAUAUUCAUUUAAAGAGAAUCAAUUGACGUGUUAAAGAUGCAGAAGGGUUCAUACAAUUUUGAAUAUGCCUUCCUAACAGAAUAUUGCCAUCCCACCACUAUCCCCAUUCACCACAUCAAUUGAGCUGGAGUCCAAAUCCAGUAUCCUAUCAUUUUGCAAUAAUUAUUUGUUGUACUGUUCGAAGAUUUAAGAAAUAUCUUGUAAAUGUAAUACUUUGGUAUUAUCUUGAGUAUCUUAGAUUAUCUCAUAGGAUUAAUUUCUUGUAUUAGAAUAUUUUAGACUACCACAUAGCAUAAGUGUAAUUUUUGUAUUACUUUGUUAUUAUCAUAUUUGUUUCCCUAUUAAAUUAGGAUUUGGAGUCUUGUAUUCGUAUAAAUAGGAAUCAUUGUUUAGUCUUUUUAUAUGAGAUCAUAAUCAUCAAUCAUAUAAAAAAUCAUACUAUAUUGACACAGUUCAAAGUAUUUAUUCUUUCUUUUGGGUUUGUAAAAUAAUCAGUUGGUGUUUUCGCUUUUGUUUCUUUAUUGAGUAAUGUGAUUGACUCUUUCCUUGUUUUAGAACUUGCCCCGAAAUUGUUAUUUUGUAUUACUUCCAAUUGACAUUUGAUGAUUUGAUCAAUGUCAAUCUCAGUCUCAUCGAUUUAUGUCCAAAUCUUGAACCAAAUCUAUUGAUCUUGGGCUUUUUGUAUUGUUAUUAUUAGUAUCCUUUCUAGUUUCCUCAUGAUGAUAAUUAGGAGUGCUCGGGAAACUAUUUUUCAGGAUAUUAUUAUAUACAAACGAACAUAAUAGUAUUCCUUUUCACUCUACCUAGUCAGAUGCUUUCUGAUAUCUGAGAAGAGUUCUUAGAGAAAUCAGGCUGAGUAAAUAUCUUGUGAGAAGUCUCAAAUUGGAUAGAACAAAACUCAAUAAAGGAGCCCAGGCUCUACACAUAGUGGAACCUGUUAAUAUUCAAAUUGUACCAUUGAGAAUUAAAGAGUUGCAUAUAUUCUGACGCUGGUGUUAAGUGUCCUAGCAUGGAAACUUCUCCUGGUUUGGAGUGUCCAUAGAUGGGCAACAUCUAAUUGAAGUACAGUUGAGGUCAUUAACUUGUUUGGAUGAUGUAAAAAUGAAGGAUUGGAAAAGAAAUAGUAUAGGUUACUAGGUAUUUUAUUAGAGGAAAUAUCUAAUCGGGU